AUGCAGCGAGAGCUGGUGGAAAGGAAACGAGAGCUCGCCCGAGUCAAGGACGCCUUCUUGUUGGAUGGAAAGAGAUCUGUUCAAAGCCUCUUGAAAGAUGCCAAGAAAUUUGAGAAAGCUAGCCGUCAAUUGGCAAAGGAGCGGGAAGAAGCGACGAGAAGCGAGAAAGAAUUCGAAAUCAAGGAGAGAUUCCAACAUAUCAAGGACUAUGACCCUGAGCUGCCGAGGCAUCAGAGGAGGCAUGAGACACAUACCAAAGUCCUCGUGGAGUUCCUGGGGGGGGUGAAAGAAGUGGAUGUUGCUGAUGCGGCGGCGGAGCUCGACGUGGAGAAGAUGAAGAGGAAGCUGGCUUCCAUGAAUACACAGGAACACGCGCGACAAAUAGAAGAACAGCUCGUGUUCAUUCGAGAAAUUAAUGAGCAGCUCCAGGAGAGCCGAUCCAAAAACAUGCAAUUAGAGGUCUUGGCUUCUGCGGAGUCUCUGAGGCUAGCGAGCGUCGGAACGAAGACAAGCCUACAAAAUCACAGAUUGAAAUUGAUCACGAGAACAUCUCCUCAUUGGCAGAUGAGCGAAUUCUUCGAGCUCGACAUAUUAGUCUGUCCAGUUUGCAGAAGUCCAGUGCAUAUGACAGCAACCCACGUUCCGCGGCGAGAGCAUUUGGCACAGGAACUGAAGAUAAGACAAGAGAAAGAGAUCUUGAGCCUUGAAAGCAGGAUAAAAGAUCUGGAGGAUAUAAAUCUCAAGACGAAUGAGCAAAUCAAGAAGAUGGAGGAUGAUGGUCGACUCAUCUGUAGCCAAGAUCUUCUUCAGAGCGUGCAUGACACCAAAGUGCUCUACGAGGAGGAGAUCGAGGCGCUCAGGUUGUCGAACAGACAUCUACAAGAGCAAGUCAAGGGAAUGGAAGUGCUUCGGGACUUACACGCGCAAGCCACCAGGGAGUUGAACUACACAAAGAGGACUCUUCGACUGCAUGACACGGUGGAGGUCGGACGCUGGUCGGUCAGCCCAGCAGCAGAUGUGAAGUGGCGCAACGUGGCAGGGGUGGAUCAACUGAAAGAAGCUCUCAAGGACUUAGAAAGAGAUGCUGCCAACCUCCGCUCCUUGAUCCGAGUUAGAGAGCGAGAAGAGAAGAACAAAUCGACGUCAUCAUGGUGA